AUGGCUGCAUCUGCUGCAUCCGAUGCUGCGACUCUGGCGAGCAGCGAUGAGGAGCUCACGCCCGCUGGCUUUGGCCUGUCGGGCGGCCAACGGGACUACAGCGAUGCGCGUUUGGAUCGCGUGGCCGCCUACACGACGACCACGAUGCGUCUAAAGCCGGACAAGUGGGCCAAAAUGAUGCUGCGCGAUGAGCUGCGGCACAUUGUCAUGGACUGGCUGCACGGACGGACGCGAGUGCUGGUGAUGACGCUCAGUCCCGGUGGCGAGCUGGUGCCCAGGGGCUGCAUCAGCGACCUGUAUGUGGGAUAUGCGCUGCCGAGCACCGGCACGCGGUCAGCCGCUGCGACGGCAACGGCGACGAUGGCGACGGACACCACUGCCACGGCUGCGGUGGUGGCGGCGGCAACGGCUGCUGGCGCAUUGGUGGUGCCGCUGCCGCCCGCUUCGUCCAGCUUCACCACCUUGGAUGGAGUGCCGCGCGGCAAGUGCGCCUACUUCAUACGCCACAAUGUGGGCGUGCCGCUGACAGCGGACAACUUCCAGAGCUCCGUGGUCUACGGCGACUUUCCGGUGCACAGCAAAAUCGAGACGAUGUCGCUGCUGUUCGACGAAGUGCUGCAGCCGCUGCUGGAGGGGGCCGAGGGCGGCUGGCCGGUGCCCGUGCGCAAGGAUCUGCAGGCGCGCGUCAAGGAAGUGCGCAACACACUGACCGAGAUUAAGGGCAAGACCAACAAUCGCACAAUUUUAUCGUUAUUAGUUGCGCCAACAGUCGUCGAGGAUGUGUCUGCCCACGUGAACCGGGGCAAUCUAAGGCCAGCCUUGGAUACGAAAUUUCGCACUCUAUUGGAGGAGAUGUUCAUCAAUUGGACAACGCAAAUGCACGACAUUGUCAUGGAGCGCUCCGAGGCCGUUGGCCUAACCAUGAGCACCGCCACCUCCAGCUCGCCCAGCAAGCACUUAUAUGUGGUCACAUUGCCGGCUCAGGAGAUUACGUUCUGGGCGAACCGCAAGCUCAACUUACAGAACAUUUAUGAGCAACUGCGCGAGCCCAUGCACAAGGCCCUGGCCCACAUUCUGGAGCGCAUCGAGUCCGUCUACUACGAGCCGUACGCCAAGGCGUUCCGCCAGCUGGUGACCGCCUGGCUGGAGGCGCAGGACGUCUCGCUCUGGCUGCAGCCCUUUCAGCGUCACACGGCCGCCUUCAACUCGGUGCAGUUCAGCAAUGCCCAGGAGCUGAUUGCGCCGCUGGUCCACGUGCUGCACCUGCUGUGGAGCAAUGCGCGGUUCUACCGCAGCACCCAAAGGAUGAGCGUGCUGCUCAGCUGUGUUUGCAACAUGCUGGUGCAUCGCGCCGCCGAGGACUUGGAGUUCCCGCUGCUCUUUCAGGGCGACGCCGACGAGGGGCUGCAGCGCAUCAUCAAAACGGGCGAGGUGCUGGAGUUUUUCAAGCAGCGCAUGCUCGAGUACAAAGAGCGCUAUGCCAGCAGCCAAGUGCUGUUGCCAGCUUUGCCCAGCUCUUCGACGGCAGCUGCAGCUGCCGGCUCCGCCUCCCCGCCGGCCGACGACCAGCAUCAACUGUGGCGCUUCUCCAGCGAGCAAGUGUUUGGCCAAACACUUGAUGGCUUCCUGCUACAACUAUCGGAACUGCGUCACGUCUUUGAGGCAGCCGUGCAGUUCCAGCAGCUGGAGAAGCUCGAAAUUGGAGGACUGCGCGGCAAGCUGCUAACAGCGCGCAUCAGAGAAAUCUACAGCGAAUUCAAGCUGCUCUUCGAGCAAUGGACCAAUGUAGACAUCGACCUGGCUGCGCCCGUCGCCCACAAGUGGAAGUGCUUCAAGCGCGAGCAGCGCCUCUUCUUCCAGCGCAUGCAGCAACUGGAGCAGAAGCUGGCCACCGUGCUGCUGCAGGCCUUCGAGCAGUGCUACAGCUGGGUGCACCUGCUUAAGCUGACCCUGAUGUUCGGCUGUCUGCUGCAGCGGUGCACCGUUCAAUCAGAGCUAAUUCACCUGCUUCCACACAUGCUCAGCAUCUACAACGACGAGCUGCAGCAGCUCGAGCUGAGUGUGGCUGACGUCCUUUUCAACUAUCAGUGUCACGGACUCAAAGCGGUUCCCGUGGCAGGCAAUUUUCCUCCCAUAGCUGGCGCCAUCAUGUGGCUGGAGCAGCACUUGCAUCGCUGCGAUGACCUCGGCGCAAAGGAUCUAAUCGAUCUCAUCCAGACGCUGCUAAUGCUGAAAUCGGAGCUAGUAACGCUGCCUUUCAAAUGGGAUGCAUUGGUCUCGCGUCGCAACAUUCUCACCACGAAGCUGUGCAACCUGCAGCAAAAGAUUUGGCAGGCCUGGCUGGAGGACAUUGACAAGAUAAUUGCCGAGGGUCUCGAUGAGCACGUGCUGUUUCAAUCGGCCGCAGGUCAGCCGCUGCAGCUGAACUUCGCUCGGGCGCUCUUUACGCUGCUCAAGGAGACAAAAUAUUUGCUCGCCCUUCAGGCAGCUGGCAGAGUUUCGAGCAAACUAUUUCCGAUGCCCGAGGCACUGCUCUCGCUUUACGAGCAGCGCGACGCCUACUGGCAUCGUCGCAUAAGACUCAUCAAGAUUGAUGAGUUCUACAAUGGCAUCCGUGGCGGGCAGUGCGCCGCAGCCGAGCUGCAGCUAAUUGCCGCCGAGCUGGCGGCCAUUGAUGAGCAAGUGGCCACCGCCUGUGCCCAGCUAACCUGGCGCAAUUACGACGAGCCACUCAUCGAGAGCAUCUUUGAGAAGUCACGCGAUCUGCAUGCUCGCCUGCACGAGUCCCAUGGCAACCUGGAUGCCAUACUGGGCAGCAUGCGCCGCUGGACCUGCGAGCCACUGCAUCAGCGUAAUCUAUACGGACGCAAUCUGCUGGAUCUGCGCCAUCAGCAAGAGCGAGUGCGGCUCCGUCAGCUGCAAUGCGAUGAGACGAAGAUGCUGCUAAAUCGCUUGUUGAUUGCCAACUUUUGUUUGUUCUUCAACUACGAACGGCAGCAGCUUCAGCUCUAUUCCCGCGACCUCACCGUCCAGGAGUUUCUGCACGAAUUUCCGGUUGAGCAGCGACGACAGUUCAACAAAUAUUUGGCCACCGUUGAUGAGUUGAUUCGCCGUGAAGUAAAAGAGGCUAUGAGGAUCAGGUUUGACUCCGCCAGUUGCUUAAAUUAUUCCAUUCUCCAGCAGUUUAUCACAAUUUCAGUUUGUAGCUUGCUUUUCUUAUUCUUUUUCCACUUAAAUUAUUUUCAAGCUUUCACUUUUUCAUGUUUAGAGUAUUUGCACAAGGAAAUGACAGGAACGGCAAGAGCUACAACAAAAGCAACAACAGCAACAACUACAACGGGUGCAGCUAAGGCAACUUCGAUAGCGCCCCCAACUUCAAGUAUGGCCUUGCCGAGCAUGGCUAGGUUGGUGCUACAACAAAUCACAGCGCCACAAGCGACAUCGACAAUAAUACCAACAACAACCACAAGCAAAACAACAUCAGCCACAACAACAACAACAACAGCAACAGCCAUAGCAAUCGGAACAACAGCAACAAACGAUGCACCGCUUUUCGAAGUGAAAUUGGAGCUGACGGAAACGGAAAUACGUUUUUCGCCUGGCUUUGAUGCAAGUGUGGAAAAUAAUUUUCAACAAAUUGUCGAGCAGCUGUUGCUGGAUAUAAAACAGACAUGCGACUGCAUGCCAAGAAUUGUGUCUGACAACUCGCUGUCUGACGACGACGACGACGACGACGACGUGGAGGAUGACGCUGAGAGCGAGGGUGAGUUGAUGCCGCACAGUUUACCAUGCACCAGCAGUCGCAUUGCAGAAGGUGCCGCCAUGCCACGCCAUGCCUUGGCAGGCCGGGCGUGCGGCAUUCCUGGCGUUUGCUUAUGAACUACAUUCGCAGCUGCAGCCGAUGAGUUGGAAAUGCUUUGCGCCAGCAUUCGCGACGCCUUGAGUGAAACGGUGCAGGCGGCGCUGAAUUAUGCUGCCAAAUUCCACGCCUAUGCGUUCCUUUGGACCCAGCAGAGCGGCGACGUACUGGCUUCCUGCAUGCAGGCCGCCCGCGAGCAGACGACCCACAUCAGCGGCAGUGGCUAUGCCAUCAUGGAGACGUUCAAAAAGGAGAUCGAGCGCUACAACGAGCUGCACGAUGCGAUUGACCAAUGCGAGGAUGGGCACUGCCUGAACGGCUGGCUGGCCCUCGAUGUGAGGCCGCUCAAGCACGGCCUGCUCAACCUGGCCUGCAAGUGGUCGCACCUGCACAAGCAAUGGCUGCUGCGCUACGUACAGAAGACGCUGCAGGAGCUAAACGGUUUCAUUGCGCUCAGCCACGAGACACUGCAGCUGCACAUCGGGCGACAGGACUUUAAGGCGCUGCUCCGAGUGCUGUCCGUCAUGGCGGAGAUACGGGAGCGGGAGCCGUACGCGGACAAUGUGUUUAAACCGCUUAAGGACAUCGUGGCGCUCUUAAAGACCUACAACGUGGAGUUCGAGCCGCAGCUGGUGCGCAACAUUGAGCAGCUGCCGAUGCAGUGGCAGCAGCUGAAGCAACAAGCUCUGGCCAAACACGAGGCUCUCCAGGACACACGCUACUACCAACAGCAGCGCGUAACGGCACUCAUUGGCCUGCAUACGUGCCACGUGCAGCAUUUUGCCAAACAGUUCCAGCGCAUGCCGUUCUUCUGUGUGCCCUGUCCACAAAUUUACGAUGCCUGCGACCAGGUUUACGUGCGUCUCCAUCGCUUUGGCAGCCAGCAGCGGCGGUACGCACGCUGGGCCCGGCUGCUCGAUAUAGCCGAGCCCGACACGGCCACGCUGGAGCACUGCCGGACGGAGUUGCGGCGCGUAAAGCAAUUGUGGGACUUUGUGCGCGUCAUCGAAUCCUGCAUUGUUGACUGGCAUGCAACACCUUGGCUACACAUCGACACGGACGACGUGGAGCACGAGUGCAAGAAGUUCACGCGCGAUUUACGCACACUUGACAAGUGCAUCAGGGACUGGGCCCCCUAUGUUUAUAUUGUGGGCGUGUUGCGCGAACUGGUUGCCUCGCUGCGCGCGGUCACCGAGCUCCAAAAUCCAGCAAUUACCGAGCGCCAUUGGCUAGAGCUGAUGCAGUUGUCAAAGCUUUCAUACAAGUGCAAUGCGUCAACAACUCUGGCACAGCUGCUGAGCCUGCAGCUGCAUCAGCACGAGGAGGACAUUAAGAACACUGUGGAUCGUGCCAUCAAAGAGAUGACGGUCACCAAGGUGCUGGACGACAUUAAGGCCACAUGGGCGCAUCUGGAGUUCGAAUUGGAAGUGCAUCGCUCGCGACCAACGGUGCAACUGCUUAAGGUCUCCGAGGAGCUGAUCGAAACGCUCGACGAUAAUCAAAUGCAGCUGCAGAAUAUUUCCACCUCAAAGCACAUCGAGUACCUGCUGGACAAGCUGAGCUACUGGCAGCGUGUGCUGAGCGGCAUUGACAACCUCAUUGUCAACUGGUUUGAGGUGCAGCGGAAGUGGAUCUAUCUGGAGUGCAUCUUCAUUGGCUCAGCGGACAUUCGCUCCCAGCUGCCCGUGGACGCGGCCAACUUUGAGCGCAUCGACGAGGACUUCACCAAUCUGCUGGCACGCGUUACAGCCGUGCGGGUGGUGAUGGACGUGGUGCUGGGGCACGAGGAUGUGCUGCAGCAGUUGCUGGAGCUGCAGAAGCGUCUGUCGGUUUGCGAGAAGGCGCUGAACGACUAUUUGGAGACGAAGCGCUUGGCCUUUCCACGCUUCUACUUCAUAUCAUCCGCCGAUCUGCUGGACAUACUCUCCAACGGCAACAACCCGCAGGUCAUCGAUCGUCAUCUCAUCAAGCUCUUCGACUCCAUACUGCGCCUGCAAUACGAGACGAACACCACGCACGCCGUGGGCAUGCACUCCAAAGAGAACGACGAGUAUGUCGCCUUCGUGAGCAACCAGCUGCGGGAGCAAUCGGCGUACAUUGACUGCUGCGGCCGGGUGGAGCUCUGGCUGAACGCUGUCAUCCAACAGAUGCGCAGCACGCUCCAUGAGCUCUUCCGACGCGCUCUGGGCGCGUUCUGGGAGAAGUCGCGCGACUUGUGGCUCUACGAUUGGCCGGCGCAGGUGGCGCUCUGCUGCAGCCAGAUCAAUUGGACGGCGGACGUGAAUCGCUCGUUCGCCAGCAUGGAGGAGGGCUACGAGGGUGCCAUGAAGGAGCUGCACAAGCGGCAGAUAGCCCAGCUGAAUGCCCUAAUCAAUUUGCUAUUGGGCGAACUCUCUGCCGGCGACCGACAGAAGAUUAUGACCAUCUGCACCAUCGACGUGCACUCGCGUGACGUCAUUGCCAAGAUCAUUGCCACGCGAGUAGACAACUCGUUGGCCUUCCAGUGGCAGAGCCAGCUCCGACAUCGCUGGGACGACGAUCAGUCGGGCAGCUCCAGCGGCUGCGCCACCUCGGCGACCACAGUCAGCACCAGCGGCGCCGACGAGGAUUGCUUUGCCAACAUCUGCGAUGCCGAAUUCCGCUAUGCCUAUGAGUACUUGGGCAACACCUCGCGGCUGGUGAUAACGCCUCUAACGGAUCGAUGCUACAUCACGCUGACACAGUCGCUGCAUCUGGUGAUGGGAGGAGCGCCAGCUGGACCGGCGGGCACGGGCAAAACGGAAACAACGAAAGACCUGGGCCGUGCACUGGGCGUAAUGGUUUAUGUCUUCAACUGUUCGGAGCAAAUGGACUACAAAUCUUGCGGCAACAUUUACAAAGGUCUGGCCCAGACCGGCGCAUGGGGCUGCUUUGACGAGUUCAAUCGCAUCUGCGUGGAGGUGCUCUCCGUGGUGGCCGUUCAAGUGAAGACUAUACAGGAGGCGAUAAGGAUGCAUAAAACCCAAUUUAUCUUUAUGGGCGAGCGCAUCUCGCUGGAGCCGUCGGUUGGCAUUUUUAUCACCAUGAAUCCCGGCUACGCUGGCCGUACCGAGCUGCCGGAAAACCUGAAAACAUUGUUUCGCCCAUGCGCCAUGAUUGUGCCGGACUUUGCUUUGAUUUGUGAGAUUAUGUUAAUGGCCGAGGGCUUCCAGGAUGCACGUCUGCUGGCACGCAAAUUUAUCACACUGUACACGCUGUGCAAGGAGCUGCUGUCCAAGCAGGAUCACUACGACUGGGGACUGCGCGCCAUCAAAUCGGUGCUGGUUGUGGCCGGCACAUUAAAGCGCGAUGACCACAGCCGGCCAGAGGAUCAGGUGCUAAUGCGCGCCCUGCGUGACUUCAACAUACCCAAGAUAGUUACCGAGGAUGUGUCCAUAUUUAUGGGCCUGAUAGGCGACCUCUUCCCAGCCCUCGAUGUGCCGCGCAAGCGCGUGUUCGAGUUCGAGAAGACCAUUCGCCGUGCGGUCAAUGAAAUCAAGCUGCAGCCCGAGGAGGGCUUCCUCAUGAAGGUGGUGCAGCUGCAGGAGCUGCUCGAUGUGCGCCACUCGGUGUUCAUUGUGGGCGAUGCUGGCACCGGCAAAACCAAAAUUUGGCAAACUCUGCGCGAAACGUAUCGCAUACAGAAACUGAAGCCAGUCUGCCAUGUCCUCAAUCCCAAGGCGCUGUCCAACGACGAGCUGUUCGGCAUCGUGAAUCCUACCACGCGCGAGUGGAAGGACGGCCUCUUCUCCUCAAUAAUGCGCGAGCAGGCCAAUAUGCCACCGGGUAACCCCAAGUGGAUAGUGCUCGACGGCGACAUUGAUCCAAUGUGGAUCGAAAGCCUCAACACGCUGAUGGACGACAACAAGAUCCUGACGCUGGCCAGCAACGAGCGCAUUUCGCUGAGACGCGAGAUGCGACUGCUGUUCGAGGUGGGCCACCUCAAGGCGGCCACACCGGCCACAGUCUCCAGGGCAGGCAUCUUGUAUAUCAAUCCGCAAGACUUGGGCUGGUCACCCUUUGUCUCGUCCUGGCUGGAAACGCGUGCGAAUAUGAUCGAGCGGGGCAUACUGACGACGCUCUUCGAAAAAUACUUUCCCAGCCUGAUGCAGAGGCAGCGGGACUUUCGUCGCAUUACGCCCAUCACGAACAUGGCCAUGAUUCAAAUGACGUGUCACCUGCUCGAGUGCUUGCUGGACAGCGACCCAGUUGAGGAUGACGCUGCACACGGGGGCGACAAGCAUUUGGGUGUCAAUGCACACAGCCAACACCAGGGCGAGCUAUCGCAUGAGUCCGUCGAGCUGGCGUUAGAAACCAUCUUUGUGUAUGUUACGCUUUGGAGCUUCGGCUCGGCACUGCAUCAGGACACGAUUGUGGACUGGCAGCGCGAGUUUCACAAGUGGUGGACGGGCGAGUUCAAGGAUGUCAAGCUGCCCAGUCAGGGCACCAUAUUUGACUAUCAGCUUAAUGUGCAAACACUGAAGUUCCAGCGCUGGUCAGAGCUGGCCGCUCAGGAGCAGCUCGAGUGUCAAAUCGAUGCCGAGCAGCCGUUGCAGAACGUGCUCAUUUCAACUGCAGAGACCACACGUCUGGGCUACUUCCUCAAGCUGCUUAUCGACCGCAAUCUGGCCUGCAUGCUGGUGGGCAGCUCCGGCUGCGGCAAGGGUGCCAUCUUCCGUGAGCUCUUCAGCAAAUAUGCCAGCGCACAGGAGCUGCUUGAGAUUGCCGUGACAGCUGUCAGCGGCAGUCAGCAACAGACGCCGGCCGUUGCAGCCAAUCCUGUUGGCGUUGGCGUUGGCGUUGGCGUGCGUCGGAAGCUGUCCUCGUCGACACCAUUGCUGACCACAGUGCAGGCGACACACUUUAACUUCUACACCUCAUCGGAGAUGUUCCAAAAGAUGCUGGACCGCCCGCUGGAGAAAAAGUCGGGGCGCUGCUUUGCGCCGAGCGGGCCGAAGCGCCGACUGAUCUACUUCGUCAACGACCUGAACAUGCCCGAGGUGGACGCCUAUGGCACCGUGCAGCCGCACACCAUAAUGCGCCAGUUCAUGGACUACAGGCAGUGGUACGAUCGCCAGAGGCUUCAGCUGAAGGACAUACGGCAUUGCCAGUUCGCGGCUUGCAUGAAUCCGACUGCCGGCUCCUUCACCAUCGACCCGCGGCUGCAGCGCCACUUUUGUGUGUUCUCGGUGGCUCAGCCCAGCGAGCAGACGCUGCACCACAUUUACAGCAGCAUCCUGAACAGCCAUCUGGAGCAGCCGGCGCUGGGCUUCAACAAGGAGAUCCGCUCCAUAGGCAAUCUCCUUGUGCAGGUGGGCAUCGCGCUGCAUCGCCGCGUCGAGUACGCCUUCCUGCCCACGGCCAUUAAGUUCCACUACAUCUUCAAUCUGCGCGACCUGACCAACAUCUACCAGGGCGUGAUGCACAGCGUGGGUGCCCCGAUCUCCGCAGGUGGUGCGGCCAGCAGCUACAGCGGCACAGUCUGCAGCAAGCCCGCCGAGCUGAUGCGCCUCUACGUGCAUGAGGCGUUUCGCGUCUACCACGAUCGCCUGGUCGAUCAGUACGACAUCAAGUCGUUCAAGUCCUCCAUUCGGGACAUAUUCAAGAAGGAUUUCGAGGACUUUGACGAGGACUUUGUGUUUGCGGAGCCACUGAUCUACAGCCACUUUGCCCAGUCGCUGGUGGACCAGAAGUACAUGCCGCUCAAGAGCUGGGACUCGCUCUACCAGCUGCUGCUGGAGGCGCAGGCCAGCUACAACGAAAUUGUGGGCUACAUGAACUUGGUGCUAUUCGAGGAUGCCAUGAUACACAUAUGUCGCAUCAAUCGCAUCCUGGAGAGUCCACGUGGCAAUGCUCUGCUGAUUGGUGUUGGCGGCUCUGGCAAGCAGACGCUGGCACGCCUGGCCGCAUUCAUCUCCUCGCUGAGCGUGUCGCAAGUGCAAAUCAAACGCGGCUUUGGGCUGCUCGACAUGCGGGACGAGAUUGCAGCGCUGUACAUGAAGGUGGGACUCAAGAAUGUGGCGUCGGUUUUUCUCAUCUCCGAUGCUCAGCUGCCCGAUGAGUCGAUACUGAUGCUGAUCAACGAUCUGCUGGCCUCCGGCGAAAUACCCGAGCUCUUCAAUGACGAUCAGUUGGAUACGAUCGUCAAUGGCAUACGCAACGAGGUGAAGCAGAGCGGCACCUUGGACACCAAGGAGAAUUGCUGGCGUUAUUUUGUGGAGAAGGUGCGACGCCUGCUCAAAAUCGUGCUCUGCUUCUCCCCGGUGGGGCAAACGCUGCGCAUACGUGCCAGAAAGUUUCCGGCCAUAAUUAGCCGUACGGCCAUCAACUGGUUUCACGAGUGGCCCCGCAGUGCACUGGAAUCGGUGUCCCAAAAGUUUCUCACCGAAAUCGGUGACAUAUUGGAGCCCGAACUCGUGCCGCCCAUCGCCUGCUUUAUGGCCUACGUCCACGGUACUGUGAAUCAGAUAUCGAAAAUUUAUCUGCAGAAUGAAAAACGCUACAACUACACCACACCGAAAACCUUUCUCGAAUACAUUUUCCUCUACCGCAAACUGUUGGUCGACAAAAACGGCGAGUUCGCCGAGCGCAUCGGCCGGCUGCAGAGCGGCAUGGCCAAGCUGGCCGAAUGCGCCCGUCAAGUGGACACCCUGAAGCACCAACUGGCCAUACAAGAAGUUCAGCUGGCGGCCAAGAAUGCUGCGGCCGACAAGCUGAUCGUCAUUGUCAGCGCCGAGAGCGAGAAGGUGAAACGUGAACGCUUCAUAGCCUCAGAGGAGGAGAAACGCGUUCGCAUCAUCGAGGAGGAUGUCUCCAUCAAGACCAAGCUCUGUGAGCAGGAUCUGCGACAGGCUGAGCCAGCUCUAGUGGCCGCACAGGCGGCGCUCAACACUCUGAACAAGAACAACCUGACCGAGCUCAAGUCCUUCGGAUCGCCGCCCAAGGGCGUGAUCAACGUCUGUGCUGCUGUCAUGGUGCUGCUGGCCACGAAUGGCAAGAUACCGCGCGAUCGCAGCUGGAAGGCAGCCAAGCUGAUGAUGGUCCGUGUGGAUCAGUUUCUCAGCGACCUGCUCAACUACAACAAGGACAAUAUACAUCCGAAUAUAAUCGAGACCCUGCAGGAAUACCUAAAGGAUCCCGAGUUUAAUCCAGACAAAGUUGUGCAAAAGUCUGUGGCAGCUGCUGGGCUCUGUGCGUGGGUCAUCAAUCUGCAUCGCUAUCAUCAGGUCUUUCUCAUCGUUGGCCCCAAGCAGCAGGCCCUGCAGGAUGCACAGCAGGAGCUGCUCGAGGCGCGCGAACGACUGCAGUACCUCAAGACGAAAAUCAACAACUUGGAAGACAAGCUGGCCGACAUUCAGGCGGAGUUCGAGCACGCUGUCGCCGAAAAGCAAAAGUGCCAACGGGAGGCGGACAAGACGUCCUUUACCAUCGAUCUGGCCCACAGGCUGGUCAAUGGACUGGCCAACGAGAAUGUCCGCUGGCGCGAGUCUGUGCAGAGCUUGCAGGCAAAGAUUGGCACUCUACCUGGGGAUAUAUUGUUAAUUUCCUCGUUCCUGUCGUACGUGGGCUGCUUUACACGUCGCUAUCGCGAGGAGCUGCAGCACAAGAUGUGGCUGCCGAGCUUUUGCAAGAUGGACCCCCAGAUACCGCACACGCAGGGCGUCGACCCACUGGCGCUGCUGUCGGACGACGCACAAAUUGCCACCUGGAAUAAUGAGGGAUUGCCCAUGGACGGCAUGUCCACAGAGAAUGCAACAAUACUGCAGCACUCAACGCGCUGGCCACUGAUGAUUGAUCCCCAGCUUCAGGGCAUCAAGUGGAUCAAGAGCCGCUUUGGAGCCGCCCUGGUGGUGCUGCGUAUGACGCAGCGUGGCUUUCUGGAGGCACUGGAGAAGUCCAUCUCGCGCGGCGACACAGUGCUCAUCGAGCAAAUUGAGGAGUCCAUGGACACUGUACUCGAGCCGCUGCUGAGCCGCGCGCUAAUCAAAAAGGGUCGAUAUCUGCGCAUUGGCGAACGGGAAAUGGAGUUCAAUCCGAAUUUCCGUCUCAUAUUGCACACGAAGCUCGCCAAUCCGCACUACAAGCCGGAAAUGCAGGCACAAACGACGCUGAUUAACUUCACGGUGACACCGGACGGACUGGAGGAGCAGCUGCUGGCGGAAGUGGUAAAGAUUGAGCGCCCAGAUCUCGAGCAGAUGAAGACCGAGGUGACGAUUCAGCAAAAUAUGUUUAAAAUCUCGCUGAAGGCGCUCGAGGACGAGCUGCUGGCCAGGCUGGCCUCCGCCGGCGAGAACGUGCUCGAGGACCACGCGCUGGUGCUCAACUUGGAGAACACCAAGCGUACAGUGGACGAAAUCGAGUCCAAGGUGCGAGAGGCUCACCUAACCACGCUCCAGAUCGACGAGACCCGAAACAUUUACCGCGCUGCCGCCAAGCGGGCGGCCAUUUUGUACUUUGUGCUGACGGAUCUGAAUCGCAUCAAUCCCAUAUACAAGUUCUCCUUGAAGUCGUUCAUGAACGUCUUCCGGCAGGCCAUAGCCGUGGCGCCAGCAUCCAAGAGCUAUGAGAAGCGCGUGCUCCACUUGGUCGACUCGAUCACGCUGCAGACGUACCGCUAUACGCUGCGCGGCCUCUUCGAGGCGGACAAGUUGACGUUCAGCUCGCACCUGACGCUGCGCAUCAUGAUCGCCGCCGAGCAGGUGGCCAAGGAUGAGACCGACUUUCUGCUGCGCUAUCCGCACGACCCCAACGCGCUUUCGCCGUUGGACUUUGUGGGGCGCAGUGCCUGGGGCGGCAUCAAGUCGCUGGCGCUCGUCGAGCACUUCUAUGGCAUCGACAAGGACAUGGAGAACUACACCAAGCGCUGGCGGAAAUUCGUGGCCAGCGAUACGCCCGAGCGGGAACAGUUCCCGGGCGAGUGGAAGCAUCGCACCCCAUUGCAGAAGCUGUGCAUUAUCAGAGCCCUGCGGCCCGAUCGCAUGACCUAUGCCAUGGCCCAGUUUGUGGAGCAGACGAUGGGACGAGCCUAUGCCGAGGUGCAGACGCCGCCGUUUGGGGCCAUCUUCAAGGAGCUGAACGCUGCCACGCCCGCCUUCUUUAUACUGUCGCCGGGCGUGGAUCCCAUACGCGAUGUGGAGCGCCAUGGGCAGCAGCAGGGCUUCCAUGCGGAUGCCGGAACUCUGGUGAAUAUUUCCUUGGGCCAGGGGCAGGAGCUGCUGGCCGAGGCAGCCAUGGAGCAGGCACUGGCCUCCGGCCAACAAUGGGUCAUACUCCAAAACAUUCAUCUGGUGGUGAACUGGUUGCCCACCCUGGAGAAGCUAAUCGAGCGCAUUGUGCUGCAGUCCGAAUCUCAGGGGGAUUCGAAUUUUCGCUUGUUCAUUAGCGCCGAGCCAGCUCCGGAUCCGCAAUACCAUGUCAUACCCCAGGGCAUUCUGGAGUCCUCCCUCAAGGUGGUGAAUGAGCCGCCCGCGGGCAUGGCCGCCAACCUGCACAAGGCCUGGGACAACUUCACGCAGGAGACGCUGGAAACGUGCACCCAGGAGGCGGAGUUCAAGUCAAUACUCUUUGCCCUCUGCUACUUCCAUGCGGUGGCCGGCGAGCGCCGCAAGUUCGGGCCCCAGGGCUGGAACAAGGUGUAUCCCUUCAACAUCGGCGACCUGACCAUCUCGGCCAGCGUGCUGCACAACUACCUGGAGGGCAGCAGUCGCAUUCCGUGGGAGGAUCUACGCUACCUUUUCGGCGAGAUCAUGUACGGCGGCCACAUAACGGACGACUGGGACAGACGGCUCUGCCAGACGUUCUUGGAGGAGCUGUUGCAGCAGGAUCUCAUCGAUGGCGACUUUGAGCUCUGCCCCGGCUUCCCAUCGCCGCCAAAUUUGGAAUUCGAGGGCUACCACGACUACAUCACCGAAAUGCUGCCCGAUGAGUCACCGCUGCUCUAUGGCCUGCAUCCCAAUGCCGAAAUCGGAUUCCUCACCAGCGCCUCGGAGCAGCUGCUACGCACCAUCUUUGAGCUGCAGCCGCGCGAGUCAGAGCUCAGCUCGCAUUGUGGCGCGCCGCGCGAGGAGCUGGUUAAGAUCAUGAUCGACGACUUCCUCGACAAGCUGCAGGACGAGUUCAAUCUGCAGGCCCUGCUCAACCGCGUGGAGCGCAAGACGCCCUUUGUGGUGGUCGCCCUGCAGGAGUGCGAGCGCAUGAAUGCGCUCAUCCGCGAAAUCAAGCGCUCGCUGCGUGAGCUGAUGCUGGGGCUGAAGGGGGAGCUGACCAUCACGCAGGAGAUGGAACGGCUGGACUAUGCGAUCUUCUAUGAUCACGUGCCGACGGCCUGGGCACAGCUGGCCUACCCCAGCAUGCUGGGCCUGCAGGGCUGGUUCGCUGACCUGCUGCAUCGCAUCAAGGAGCUGGCCGGCUGGCUGAACGACUUCAAGCUGCCCUGCGUGAUCUGGCUGGGCGGGCUCUUCAAUCCCCAGAGCUUCCUCACGGCCAUCAUGCAGGAGAGCGCGCGCAAGCAUGAUCUGCCCCUGGACCGCAUGCUGAUCAGCUGCGACGUCACCAAAAAGCAAAAGGACGACGUCACAUUGCCCCCCAUAGAGGGCGCCUUUGUGCACGAGCUCUAUUUGGAUGGCGCCAGCUGGGACUGCCAGCUAAACUCUAUUGUGGCCCUGCACCCCAAGGAGCUGCUCUGUGCCAUGCCCGUCAUCUACAUCAAGUCCAUUGUCCAGGAGAAACAAGAGCUGCAGCGCGUCUAUGAGUGUCCGCUGUACAAGACCAGGUCGCGUGGCAACACCUACGUAUGGACGCUCAAUCUGAAAACACGCGACCGUCCAGCCAAGUGGAUCUUAGCAGGAGUCGCCCUUUUGUUGCAGCCAUAAAGCAUUAUUGAACCACCCAUUGUUAGCCUCGUCAUUCUCGUCAUCCACUCCACCUACAGCUACAACCACAACGAGACGACAGCGACAGCGACAGCGAGAGCUUUUGUGUUGAUUUCGUCUGAGCUGAUUCAUUAAAUAUAUAUUUUUAUUUAUAUAUUUAUAUGUAUGUAUAUGUAAUACAGCUGCGGUAAUAAACACUAAGUACUAAAUGUUGAAUCAAAAUUUAGAGACUAAGAAACUCAAAAUAGGCAUCUAAAAUAUUAGCAAUAUAUGUUAAUCUUCACUACAACUAUUACUACUAUGUACUAUUAUAACUACUACUACUACCACUACUAUUA